UUUUCUAUUGGAGAGCAUGCAAUAUGGCCACGAUGAUGAUUCGAUUGGAUAAGAUGGAAGAAAAUGUCAUGCGAAGUAUUAUUAAAUUUUAGUGAAAUGUUUAUUUGCUCCAGUUACGUAGAAUGGGAGGCUGUAUAGGUAUAACUAGGGCAAGAAAUGCCUCUGUUAAUGAUACGUCAGAAAAUUCAACAAGGACUAAUUCAGGAAAUUCAAGAAAAAAUCAUCUUUUAUGUCACGAAGUGAUCAGAUGGAAAUCGGAUGUACCUUUGACCGAGGGUCAACUGAGAAGUAAGCGAGAUGAGUUUUGGGAUACUGCACCAGCAUUUGACGGCCGCAAGGAAAUCUGGGAUGCAUUGAGGGCAGGUGCAACUGCAGCGGAAGCACAAGACUAUCAAUUGGCACAGGCUAUAUUAGAUGGAGCUAAUAUUUCUGUACCAAAUGGUUUCUUAACUGAAUGUUAUGACGAGUUAGGAACUCGUUAUCAAGUACCUAUUUAUUGUUUGUCCUACCCAAUUAAUAUCGUAAAGGAAGACAAUGGAAGAGAUUCCCCUGCUGAUUGUUCAGAACCAAUUGAUGGAGGAACAGAACAAAUGUUGAAACUUAGAUUAUCGACUACUUUAGGAGAAGUUAAACUGCCAGUUUAUAGUAAUGAUACCAUUGGUAUCGCUAAGAAAAAAUUACAGAGUCAAGAAGGUUUGGAACCAUCACGUCAAAGGUGGUUUUUUGGUGGUAAACUGCUGGGUGAUAAAAUGCAUAUAGAAGAAGCAAAAGUACAGCCAGGUUAUGUAAUACAAGUUAUUGUAAAUCCAGAAAAAACAGAUUACAGUCCUGUGAAAGCUAGUUGAACUUACGCAUAAGCAUGACAUAAACAUGUCAUGUUUAAUCAGCGAUCGAUAAUAUUUUUAUGCCUGUUAACAUUAACUUGUUAACGAUAUGUUGAAGUAAGAAUCAUAUUUUUAUUUUUUUUUAUAUAUAAUUGAGUAUUAUAUAAAAAUGAUAAUUUAUGCAAAACGAUCAU